UCUCUCUCUCUCUUUCUCUUUCUUUUGUUUUUUAAGUGAUGGAUAGACUAACACAGUUACAGGAUGCUAUUGAUGCUGUAAAUAUAACCCAACCGUAAACUACAAAACUAAACUCUAAAAGAUGGCUCGUAUGUUUACCAAUAGUAUAUAUUAUGUCCAUGAAAAAUCAGGCAUGGCAGAACUGAAUCCAGAUAUUCCAGUCACUCAACCGAAAGUGCAGGCAGACGAACCACAUAUAUUUCAAGAUAAUGUACGCGAACUCGUAUCUGAUUUAGUAAAAAAAGCAAAAGAAAUUGAUGCAUUGAUUGAAGUACUACCGGGCAUUCAACAAACAGAAGAACAACAAAUUGAAUUGUUAAAAUCACUUGAACAAGAAAAUCAAGUAGCGAAUCAAGAAUACCAAGCAGCAGUGAAAGAAAUGGAACAAGUCAAAGAUCAGAUCAAUCAAUCUUUACUUACAAUUGCAGAUGAUACACAAAAAUAAGAUUUUUGUUACAUAUAAGGAAUUCCUUUUUUUAUUUUUUUUCUUUUUUUUUCUUUUUAUUUCUGC